AUGCCAGCAGUUGAAUCUACUGACAGUGCGAGGAAUCGUCUGGCUUUUUGGAUUCUUGGUUUAUGCAAUAACUUUGCGUAUGUAAUUAUGCUUAGCGCUGCUGAAGAUAUAUUGUCAGUUGCUGAAGGUUCCAAAACGCCUUCGAAAGGUGUUGGCGAUCCAUGCCAGAAAUCAGUGGUCCGUCAUCAUUGUCAGUUAUUAUCUACUGGUUCUGUAUUAUUAGCUAAUAUAUUACCAAGUCUGAUUGUAAAAUUAUUUUACCCAUUUGUUAUGCAUCCUGUUCCCUUCGGCAUACGACAUGUUUUCAUUGUAUCACUUCAAAUAUGCAGUUUUAUUAUGGUUGCAUUUUCUCAGAAUGUGGCUAUGAGUUUGAGUGGGGUUGUUUUGGCAAGCAUCGGAGCAGGCCUUGGAGAAGUAACUUUUCUGUCAUUGACUAGUUAUUUUCCAAACUAUGUUGUUGGUGCGUGGUCGUCAGGAACGGGCGGUGCUGGAAUUUUUGGUUCUUUUACUUAUGCUUUGUUGACUGACAAACGUAUGUUGGGAUUAUUACCACAAAAUACGCUGUUGACUAUGUUGAUUAUUCCGUUUUUUUUUGCUGUUGCAUAUUGGAAGUUGUUACCCAUUCCUAGCAGCUUACAUCGCGUAUCAAUAUGCGUACCAUCAACAUACUUUAUUUCCUUUCCUGACAGCAGUGAUGAUUCUGUUCGUGAAGUUCCAGUCGCUUGGCGGAAAAGUUUUAAAGACAAAUUGGCCAUUGUGAAAGUAGGUUUUAUGUUUCAAGUGAACAGUACUCCAUCAAAUGAUUUCCUGAUUAUACAUUUUUUUCAGCCUCUUAUUUUAAAAUAUAUGUUUCCGCUCGCUUUGGUUUAUUUAGCGGAGUAUUUCAUUAACCAAGGAUUGUUACAGUUACUUAUAUUUGACUGUGAGCAUAGUUUUGGUAUCGGUCAAUAUGGUCAAUAUCGCUGGUAUCAAGUACUUUAUCAGCUUGGAGUGUUUAUUUCGCGAUCAUCUGUGGAAGUAAUUCAUAUCCCAUCAUAUCUCAUGCCUCUAAUUCCUAUUUUACAGGUAACCAAUGCACUUUUUUUACUUUGGGACGCUCUUGAACAGUUUAUACCUCACGUUGCAUUCGUGUUUGUAGUUGUUAUUUACGAAGGUUUGUUGGGUGGUGCUGCAUAUGCUAACACUUUUCAUCUGCUACAUAAAUCGGUAAUCUUUAAACACAAGUUUGACAGUUUUUUAUUUCAGACCGAAUCAACUGAGAAAAAAGAACUUAGUUUGGGUUUUGUCUCCAUAUCUGAUUCGUUUGGUAUUGUAUGCGCGGGCUUCCUUGCCAUACCAGCACAUAACUACAUCUGCAGUAAGCCAAAUUAG